AUGGCUACAGACGAAAAAGCCACCACUGAGGCGUCCCGCCAGCUCACGGCACUGGAAGCAGCAGUGCGUGAAAUAUUUGUGGAGGCCAGCUCCGGGAAGCUAGAUCCAGCGAUGGCCAGUGUUAAGGAAGCGAUUCUUAACUCGCUGUGGCAAGACGGUAAUGCUACGUUAUUGCGACUGGAGGCACUGACCGGUCCGAACCCUCGACGCGGCACAUUCACCGAGGCCUAUGCGAAGGCCAAAUGUGCGUUGGGGAAGCUGCGACAAAGUGAGGGUUCGACAGUCCCUUCCCUCGACGUGACGCUCGCAACACUCGAGGAACGUUUUUAUAAAAAGCGAGUCGCAUUCCUCGGGCACUUUCGACAACUGCUCGACAUUCCAAAGAUGGCCACGGCAUCAGCGAACGGCCUGAUGCGCAUCAUCGACGUGGUCGAGACGUCGAUCGCAUCUGCAAAACAAAUUGCGGGCACGACGGACCAGAGAGCCACGUCAGUCGAGGAUGGGCUCCUUGUGUCGAUAGUGCUGGGCAAGCUGGAUGAGGGAACUACCGAACGCAUCACUCGGCGACUGGACGCUCAGAGCAUCCCCACGUGGAAGGAGCUACGGGGGGAGUUGGAUAGGCUUUCCAACCAACUCUACUACGAGCCGAAGAAGAAGGAAGUGGUGCGUGCCCACCCUAACAGCGCACCUGCAAGACCAGCGCGUACGGCGCUAUCCGCCACGGUUCAACCCGUUCUCGCCAAGCAGGACUACACAGGCACGCGUCGGUGUUACGCUUGCGACAAGACGGGUCACGUAGGUACACUCUGUCCGGAGCUACGGGUGCGAUCGGCAUGUCAAAGGGUCAACUUCGUGAUGGAUCAACGUAAGUGUGUGAAUUGCCUAUCGAAGCAGCAUCCAGCGUCAAAGUGCCCAAGCGAAAAACGGUGUCAAGUGUGUAGCAAAAAGCAUCAUACGUUGUUGCACGCUGCGGACGACGUUUACAUUAAGUGA